GAGGCCGGCUGGGCUCGGCGCGGGGCGCCGCCCGAGACAUCCGAAGAGUGAGCUCCUCCCUCGUUCCCUGGACUGUGGAGUCCGUCUAUUGCGGCUCAGCGCCCGCGCGGAGGUUGGAGCGAAGCUGCGGAGGUCGUAUCUGGACGUGAGAAGGAGGUGGAGAUCCGAGCUUCAGUAACCCGCGCUCUAGCCUGUACUCGUAAGGGUGGUGUGAAGCUCCACGUUUUUAUAUUUACUCCCCACCCUGGUGUGGGCCACUGGCUACAGGAUGAACUGUCGCUCGGAGGUGCUGGAAGUGUCGGUGGAGGGGCGACAGGUGGAGGAGGCCAUGCUGGCCGUGCUGCACACGGUGCUCCUGCACCGCAGCACAGGCAAAUUCCACUACAAGAAGGAGGGCACCUACUCCAUCGGCACCGUGGGCACCCAGGAUGUUGACUGUGACUUCAUCGAUUUCACCUACGUGCGCGUCUCCUCUGAGGAGCUGGACCGUGCCUUGCGCAAGGUUGUCGGGGAAUUCAAGGAUGCAUUGCGUAACUCUGGUGGCGAUGGGCUGGGGCAGAUGUCCUUGGAGUUCUACCAGAAGAAAAAGUCUCGCUGGCCUUUCUCAGAUGAGUGCAUCCCAUGGGAAGUGUGGACGGUUAAGGUGCAUGUGGUAGCCCUGGCCACGGAGCAGGAGCGGCAGAUCUGCCGGGAGAAGGUGGGUGAGAAACUCUGUGAGAAGAUCAUCAACAUCGUGGAGGUGAUGAACCGACAUGAGUAUCUGCCCAAGAUGCCCACACAGUCAGAGGUGGACAAUGUGUUUGACACAGGCUUGCGGGACGUGCAGCCUUACCUCUACAAGAUCUCAUUCCAGAUCACUGAUGCCCUGGGUACCUCUGUCACCACCACCAUGCGCAGGCUUAUCAAAGACACUCUUGCCCUCUAGGCCUUGCUGGAAACUUGGGAGCUCCUUGAUGGCUCCCAGACCUUGGCUUCUGGGGAUUGUACUAUUAUACAGUUGGGGAUCUGGGACCUGCCCUGGGUCCUUGGCAAGUCUUUAGAAGGGGCAGCCCCUGGCUUCCUUGUUUUGUGGUUGCCAAUCUCUGAUCAUCCCCUUAACCCUUGCUGACAGUCAAGUCCUGCAUAUACUGUCUCCACACCCCUGCUGGGGUCCUUCUUCUCCAUUGUACAGAAGAGCCACCACUGGGAUGGUGAAUAAAGUUGAGAAUGUGAGUUUGGGCUGA